AUGAGCGCGGCCGCCGCCAUCUUUGCCAAGCUCGUUGGAUCUUCCUCCUCCGGCGGUGGAGAUGUGGUUCUCUGGACGACCAUGAUCGGAAUUUACGCCCAGCGCGGCGAGACGAGCGCUUCUCUCCACCACUUUCGGACGAUGCAGCUCCACGGCGUGAGGCCCAACCGAGUAACUUUCAUCACCGUCUUGACUGCCUGUUCUUCCCCUGCGUGGUUACCAGUCGGGAUCUGGAUCCAUCGCCACCACCACCACCGCCGGCAAUCCUCUCGGCUCGAGACCAGCAUGGGAAACGCGCUGAUGAGCAUGUAUAUCAAGUGUGGCGAGCUGCGAGCCGGGAAGAGAGUCUUCGACGAGAUGGAGCGGCAGCGGGACGUGAUCUCCUGGAACACCAUCAUCGCCGGGUAUGCUGCCGAGGAGCAGCAGCAGCUUGUCAAAGCCUUUGAGAUCCUGUGGGAGAUGCUGCAAGACGGUGCCACCAAGCCGGACUGUAUCACCAUCGUGACGCUGCUCAACGCUUGCAACAAGCCGGCACUGCUCGAGCACGGGAAGUUCCUCCACUCACUCGUCCCCGACUGUGGCGUCGCUGUGGAUCCUGUGCUCUUCAACGCUCUCAUCCAUAUGUACGCCAAGUGUGGGAGCUUGGAAGCAGCGUCGCAGAUGUUCCAGCAGCAGCAGCGUCAGACCGAGGCCUCGGUGUGGGGAGCGAUGAUCAUCGCAUUGUCGCAGCAAGGACUCCACCGGCAAGCCAUCCAACUCUUCCAGCGGAUGCAGCAGGAGGGAGUGAAACCGGACAAAGUUGCCUUCACUGCUGCUCUCGAUUCGGCCGCCACUGCUCUCGACGACUCCUCCGCGGCUUCCACCGCCAGAGGCUUCCACGCACAGGCUCUUGAGAGCGGUCUCUUGCAAGGCAACGCUGUCGUAGCCACCGCGUUGAUAAAUCUUCUCGGCAACACCGGAGCUAUGGCCGAAGCAUACACCGUCUUCACCAACGUCGUCGAGCGGGACAUCGUUUGCUGGAACGCGAUGAUGUCCGUCUAUGCGCAGCACGGCCAUACCACCCGAGCUCUCGACCUCUUCCAAGAGUUGCAGCACCAAGGCAUGGGUCCCAACGACGUCACCUUCGUCAGCUUGCUCUCCCUGUGCAGCCAUGCCGGACUUUUGGACGCGGGAAUCCAGUGCUUCCUGUCGAUGACCAUCGAUCACAGCCUUCAGGUGCUCACCCCGGAGCUCACAGGCUGUGUCAUUGAUCUCUUUGCUCGAGUUGGAAGGCUGGCCGAUGCGCACGACUUCAUUGGGAGGAUGCCGCGGGAGCAAGCUCGAGUCAUCCAGUGGAUGUCGCUGAUGUGUGCUUCCAGAGUCCAAGGGGAUUUGGAGCUAAGUGGCUGCGCUGCCAAGGAAGUCUUGGAGCUUGAUCCUAGCAACCCAGCUGCGUAUGUCGCAUUGUCCAACCGGCAAUCCACCUAUGCUGUUCUAGCGACGACGUAA